CCAGUGCAGUGACAGCCAGGUGCCCUCAUUUGCAGAGGAGGAAAGCAUCCUAUCAGAAUGACCGAAGUACGUACUGGUGACGGUGACGUGGACGCUAAAGUCAAAGAAUGGAUGGAAUGGGAUAAAAAUGAGACAACACGAGAGGAGAUAUUGAAGCUAGCUAAAGAUGGUGAGGUGGAAUCUCUGAAGAAGCGUCUUCUUCAUCGCAUGGAGUUUGGAACAGCAGGUUUGCGAGCAAGGAUGGGAGCAGGUUAUAGUAUGAUGAAUGACUUAACUAUCAUACAGACAACACAGGGAUUGUGUAAACAUCUGCUGCAGACCUGCCAGACAGCUUGUACUGAUGGUGUUGUGAUUGGUUAUGAUGGACGCUAUAACAGCGACAGAUUUGCCAAGUUGGCUACAGCUGUGUUUAUCAAUAAGAAAGUUCCAGUGUACCUGUUUUCCAGGAUGUGUGCUACCCCGUAUGUUGCCUAUGGUGUGUUGAUGUGUAAGGCAGCUUGUGGUAUCAUGGUGACAGCCUCACAUAAUCCAAAGGAAGACAAUGGCUACAAAGUUUACUGGGGAAAUGGAUCACAGAUCAUCAGUCCACAUGAUAAAGGGAUAGCCAAAAGUAUAUUGGAAAGUCUAGAACCACUUCCAACAUCCUGGGAAAUCUCUGACCUCUCCGGUCCUCUGGUCAAAGACCCGUACCCAGAUGUCUUUCAGAAGUACAACGAGGACUUGUCAAAACUUGUUCAGUUUAAUGAUGAUGUCCCCAGCCUGGUGUUUACCUACACAGCUAUGCAUGGUGUGGGCUACCCAUUCAUCCAGGAGGCCUGUCGUACUGUGGGUCACCUGAAGGUCAUCCCCGUCCUAGAACAGGUAGAAGCUGAUCCAGAUUUCCCAACAGUUAAAUACCCGAACCCGGAGGAAGGCAAGGGUGCUUUGAAACUAGCAAUGGCAACAGCAGAUGCCAACAAUUGCCAACUGAUUCUUGCUAAUGAUCCUGAUGCAGAUCGACUGGCUGUAGCUGAGAAACUUAAAAGUGGAGAGUGGCAUAUAUUUUCGGGCAAUGAAUUGGGGGCAUUAUUUGGUUGGUGGAGCUGGACUCACUACAGACAGAAAUACCCUGAUACACCUGCAAAGGAUGUUUACAUGCUAGCGAGUACAGUAUCUUCUAAGAUCCUGGGAAGUAUCGCCAAAAAGGAAGGAUUUUGUUUUGAAGAAACCCUGACAGGAUUUAAGUGGAUGGGAAACAGGUCACAUGAUCAUCUACAGGAGGGAAAAACUGUUCUGUUUGCAUUUGAGGAAGCUAUUGGUUUUAUGUGUGGAUCAUGUGUGCUGGACAAGGAUGGGGUCAGCGCUUCUGUUGUUAUGGGACAAAUGGUACUAUACCUGCAGAGUCAAGGCCUUACACUCUACGAUCAGCUCAACAAUGUAUACCAGAAGUAUGGAUUUCAUCUUUCAAGUAACUCUUACUACAUUUGUCAUGAUCCUCCGACAAUAGAGAAAAUGUUUGCUGAGAUUAGAAAUUACAAUAACACGGGAAAGUAUCCAGAAAGUUGUGGUCCAUACAAAAUUAAAUAUAUCCGAGAUCUUACUGUAGGCUAUGACAACAGUCAGUCCAACAACAAACCGCUUUUACCUGUGAGUAAGUCUAGUCAGAUGAUUACAUUCACAUUUGAGAAUGGAUGUGUUGCCACGCUCCGUACUAGUGGAACAGAGCCAAAAAUCAAGUACUACACAGAACACUGUCCAGAUCCAACCACAGGGAUGGACCGUAAAAGUGCUGAAGCUGAACUUCAGGACAUGGUGCAGUGUAUUAUUAAAUAUUUCUACCAGCCGGAAAAGUUUGGCUUUAUUGCUCGUUCAAGUUAAGAUAUGAUGUUGAAAAAUCUGUUGGCAUUCCUCUGUUUUUUUGUUAGAGAUGGUUAGUUUGGAAUUGAUGAAAGAGAAAUAUUUAUCUGUGAAAUCACCUGGGUUUUGUAUUGAGAAGUUUUUUUAUGUGGCAGGGAAUGGGGACUUACAUGGAGUUGCCUGUCCAUCCAUCAUUGUCCUAUGUUGUCCAAAAUCAUGUUCUAUCUGGCGAAAACCUCUAUAGAUUUGGUUCAUGUUUACCAUGUAGUAUCAAAGCAUAAAGUUCUGUUGCUGAUGAAAUUCUCAAUUGUACAAAAGUAGGGCAUUUAUUUCUUGUAGACACUUUCUAGUGUUUGCUUUAAGUUGUAAAAAUCACUCUUUUCUUUUGAAAAUUUUUUAAAGUAAAUUAUGGUUGAAUAGUGAUUUGUGUUAUGUGGGUUCACAGAUUUUUAAUCAGUAUCAAUGAUAAAUACACAAUGAGUUUGGAUUCAGAGGAAAAAAAUAUGCUCUCGGUAGUUUAGGUGUGUCUUUGUGUUAAGAGUUUUUGUGGCUAGUUAUUUUAUGGUUAAAUACUUAUACUUACAGGUAUUCAUAAAUAGAUAUGUUUAGGUAAACAGUCAUGUAUAUACCUGCAUAUAAGUAAAAAGGUUAGAUAUAUGAAAAUUGUGAUAUAUGGGGUUGGUUUUAUUUACCAGGAUGACCAAUUGGAUUAGGGUUGUUUAUAAAUAAGGAAGGUCUUAGAAAUCUGAUGCAGUCUGAGGGCUGUAUUGCUACAAUAUUGACAUCUGCUGGUCAGUGAGAAUUCAUGCUGAAACUGUCUACAAGCAGGAUUUUCUGCAAAAGCAAAAGUGGCCUUUGUGAGUUUGAUGGAUUAACUUAUGACACUUCAGGGUUUUCAUUUUUUUGUCAUGAUGUUUCUAGAGGAAGAUUUUUCUAUAUACUCAGAAAAUACUUAGAAUCUCAUUGAAACCUGUUCCUCUCAUCAUCAUUAAAUGCUUGGUUUUAUUCAAUGACCAUUAUGAUGGCAGACAUAUGGAAGUAAAGAUGUUUCUUUAUACAUUGUACAUACUUAUACAAUGAUUUUUGCCCCAUGUGAAUAGAUUGUUGUAAAAGUGAGGUAUUUUUUACAUGGUGUUUGCACCAGUUUCUGAGAAACACAUCAGUACAGAAUGGUCUCACCUUCCCAAGAAACACAUCAGUACAGAAUGGUCUCGCCUUCCCGAGAAACACAUCAGUACAGAAUGGUCUCGCCUUCCUGAGAAACACAACAGUACAGAAUGGUCACGCCUUCCUAAUAAACACAUCAGUACAGAAUGGUCUCACAUUCCUGAGAAACACAACAGUACAGAAUGGUCACGCCUUCCUAAGAAACACAUCAGUACAGAAUGGUCUCACAUUCCUGAGAAACACAACAGUACAGAAUGGUCUCACCUUCCUGAGAAACACAUCAGUACAGAAUGGUCUCACCUUCCUAAGAAACGCUAACUGCACCUAGCAGUGAUCAAAUCGUACACAUGAAAUAUUCACCAGAGGUUGCACAAGUUCGAUUUCAUAUAGAAUUUUGACUCAUUCAAAAUCCUGUGACCUUUAUUGAAUGCUUGGUGAUAUGACUGUAUUCCCCAGUCCAUCUCUGUCUUUAAUAGGGCUUGUUUUGUUUGUAACAUAAGUGAUGGCAGCUGGAAUGUUAGGUUGAACUGUUUACUGUCUUUCUGGCUUCUUACAGUUUUGAUAACUGGAUUGUUAAACAUGAUAAAUACCUUAUUGUACUGAACUUUCCUUAUGUUGCUAUUGAAGUUGAUAACAGGAGGUUCCAUUCGUAAGUCAAGGUAGUUCAUUCCUCAUCUGAAUGUGAGAUGAGAAAUGUUAUAUGGCUCUGGGCAAAAAGUGUUCAGAAUUUUACCUCAAUGAUUGGAAUUUCCGAUCUCCCCUCAAAUGUAGUGAGAUAUUCCAGUGUUCUUGUGUUAGGUUUGGUACAUGUAUACUGUAAACACGCACAUUUUGGUAAACGUGUGUUCGCACAUUGAGUGCUGAAAAUAUAGUGCUGAAUUAUUGUGCUAAAAUAUUUUUGUGCUAAUGGUAGUUUCUCUCAAGUUUUUAAGAAUAAUUGUGAUCUAAAAAUUCAUCAGGCUAUUUUGUUCAAACCAUAACUUUAUUGCUCAAAAAAAAAAAAAAAAAAAAUCACAAAAAUUGAUAUACAGUUUUGACAGGUUGAUCAAUGAGAACAUUUUAGACAGUGUGAUGAACCUAGCUUUUUAUUCAUUGUUAACAACAAGUAUAUCAUGAAAACCAUGAUAUUUUUAUCUUAUCAACAUUGUGUAUGCCUGUCAAAAUAAACUAUAUAUGAAAAAACU